AUGUCGAGUGGAGAGUCUGCUGAGCUCAUGGUUGAUGUUCCAGGUGGGGUGAAUAGAUUAGAGCUAGAGGAAGAGAUGCCCACGGGGCAUGACGGUGAAGAAGGUUUUGCUGAAGCUGACGGUGAUCCAUUGGAAGCUGGUCUAGAGGUAGACUGGAGAGUAGAUGAAAGUGAAGAGCCCAAAGAUCAGGUAGAUCAUGAACUCAGCAAGGAAUGGGCUUCUCGUCGUUAUGAAGACGGACCUCCGCAGCUCCCCGCCGAGAAACUCCAAAUUCUUGAUGCAGCUAUGGACAAAGUAGAGUUGAAUCGUUUGUUGGAGAUGGGGGUCCUAAAGCAGUUGACGGACAAUGAUGACACGAGUGGGAUGAUGAACCUGCAGAGCAAGUUUGUGAGAGAUUGGAGGUUUCGAUCCAAUGCAGCGGGCACGGCGUGGUCCUGGGUGAGGCGAUCCCGCCUUGUAGCAAAGGAGUUUAGGUUCAUCGACCCAACGAUGGAACAUUUGUAUGCGCCUGCUUCAUUGGCAUGCCUUCAGAAGUUGUUCGCAAGCCUCGCAUGUUCAUGCCCAAAACUUCGCUUGUACACGGGGGACAUCAAAGACGCAUACCUCACAGUGCCACAACGUCGACCGACUUUCAUUCGUCUUGAUGGAUUCAUCUUUGAGCUGUUGUUCAACUUACCAGGCCAACGAGCUGGCGCUCGCGACUUCUACGACAAGUUGGCUGGUGUGAUGACUGGAGAUGGACUUGAAGCUUUUGAAGCAGCUCCGGCUUUAUUCAUUCAGCCUAAGAAGAUCGGUGUUUCCACACAUGUAGAUGAUUUGGAGAUUCUGAGCACAGAUGAGCGUGUUGAUCAGUUGAAAGCCAAGUUGAAGGGGGCAGGUUUGAGUUUUUCCAUCGAGGGCCCGUGCACGUUUGAAGGGGGAGAGUGUCACUUCUUGAAGCGGAAGUUCACGGGCACGGGUGAAGGGAUCCUGGUGAGUCAAGAUGGAAAACACAUAGAGAAACUCGUUGAGCUCCUUGGAUUGCAGAGGGCGGCUGGAAAGUCGACCCCGUCCCCUUUGAAUCCGCAUGACGUGAAAGAUGACACGCCGUUGGAUGAACGGCGCCAUGGCAUCUAUCGGACUGCCGUGGGAGUGCUCUUGUAUCUUGGACAAGACAGACCUGAGUGCCUUUAUGCGAUUAAGCUUUUGAGUGGCAAGUGCACCGCGCCAACGGAACAUGAAUGGGGUCUCCUUCGGCAUCUUGUGAAGUUCCUGAAGAGCUAUCCGGAGCAAGGCAUUCUCCUGACCCCAUGCAACCCGGGAAGAACAUUGCAGCAACGAUGUCUAGGUCUCGAUGCCAAGCAUGGAUCCGAGGAUUGCGUGUUCGGCGAGGGGCACUUGCUCGAAGCGGUGAGUGAUGCCUCGUGGGCAGGAGAAAGGGACAGACGGUCGAUAAGUGCGAUGACUAUCUACCUCAACGGGAACCUUGUACAUGCGACUAAUCGUAGACAGAAGUCCAUCACAUUGAGCAGUUGCGAAGCGGAAUUACAUGGCUCUCUAGCUGCAGUGCAGGAGGGAAUUUUCCUGAGGAGAGUGCUAGAGCGGCUUUGCGGAAGUGAUGUGGAGCUUCGUCACCGUGUGGACUCAUCUUCAUGUCGGGCUGUUAUCAACAAGCAAGGUUUGUCGCGAAUGCGACACGUGGAGAUCGCCUUCUUGUGGAUUCAAGACAAGUGUCGAGCUGGAGAAUUUACGACGUCUCCUAUCGGCACUAAAUUUUGCCCUCCGGACCUGAUGACGAAGGCAAUGAACCAACAGAGAAUCAGAUUGUUGUCAUUCAUGCUCGGGAUCUCAAGAAAUGGUGAGCUAGUCGGUAAGGCUGAGUUUGAGGAAGAGGUCACAAAACAUGAGUUGAAGCGCGUGAAGGUAAGUGACAGUGCAUAUGCCAUUCGGGGUCUCCGGAAGCUUCACAUGUUCCGAUUUGGAAAUGCUUAUCCCGUCAAUGAGAGGGGGGAGGCCAUUCCUCCCGUUCGUGAUCAUGGUGCUCCUGCUCCUGGUACUCCUUUCACUCUUCUACGGGGUAGCGGGGAGUACAACAUUGCAGGAGAAUCCGAUGACGACCACAACAACAACAUCAAUGACAAAAGUGGUGGCAGCAACGACCCCAAGGGCAAAGGAAAAUCCAAGAUCCAGCGAUGCGUCCCCAUUGAGUCCAAAAUCUCUUCAGCAUCCAAGAAAUUUCUCGCUUCCCUACUCAGAAGACAACACAAAGAAAUCGACGCAGACAGAUCGGUUACAAAGGAGUGCUACAGCGGCUGGACCGCCAAUCAGAUCAUUGACCAUGAGCGCCGAGUUUAUGCUGAGCUGGUCAGAAGGGGAACUGUUCAAGGGCUUGUUGUUGAUAGUUAUGCUUGCGGGCUUCUUCGGCGCGAUCUUGCAGAUGAGUAUCAGCAGUUGGAGCUGAACAUCAAAUCCAACAUCCGCUACGUGAUCAUGGAGAUUGUCAUCGUGAUGUACGCCAAUCUGGAUUACAACAUCGCGGACGCCAUCAACCUGAAGAUGCACAUCAACCUGGAGUACAACUUCGUGGAGGCCAUCAUCCUGAACUACAACAUCGUGGACACCAUCAACCUGAUGCACAUCAAGCUGGACUGCAACAUCGUGGACAUCAUCAUCCUGGAGAUGCUCUUCAACCUGGACUUGGAGAUGGAGGACCGCUACAUGCAGUACUUCGUGAUGCUCCUGGGGGGCCAUUGGUGGUGA